CUUGUUAUAUUUCAUUCUGGCAUGAUCGCUGUCGGCGCUAACACCUGCAGCGAGAGGGAGGGAGACACACCACCACUCUCACUCACACCGUCGAACCCCUUUAAGGACUCGUUUCGUACACGUUUUCGGACACGCUCGUGGUACGAGCGCCCCUUCGGACGGCCACUUUACGAGUUAAUGUGCGAGAUGUUGGAAGACGAAGUCAUGUGUUAGACUAUACGGAGAGGACUUUGCCAGUUUAAAAAUAAACCUUCCCGCGCUCACGAGAGAGUGAGAGAAAGAGAGAGAGAGAGAUUACUAGUUCAAAGUGACUUACGGAACUCAAGACGGAAAGAAGACCCCAGGCAUUUUCUCUCUUUUUUUUUUUUCAUUUGUUUUUUUUUCUCUCUCUUUUAUUCUAGUGAUGCACGCAGGAGAGCAUUAAAAGUAAUCCGCAUCGUAAACGGAGACGAAAGGCGAGCAAAAAGCGAGUGGUUAACUGAACCGAGGGAAAGAGUGGUAACGCACAAAAAAGUGAGUCUAAAUUGAAUACGCGCGGCUGCCCUUCAUCACACCAUAAACCAGCUCAAUGGUCGGGCGGUAAAAAAAGUUUCGUAAUAACUUCGUAGUUACUCAUUUGUUUAUGGGAUAAGUGAGGACACGUAGGGCCCAUCUGGAACGACCUUUUACCGUAACUAAACAUAACAAGAGUUUGACACGGGCGAAAUUUUUCCCUUCCCCCACUGUGUGUGGGCGUGGUGAUAGCUGUGGCCCGGAGGGAAGUGUUCUGUGACUGAACAGGUGGGCGUGGCUGGAAUAUUUUCUAAUUACCCGAGACUUUGCCUUGGAGCGCCUCAAGUCAUUAGGUGCCGCGAGCUGGUAAUGACGACCGUUUGAGCGCCGCAAAGGGCGCCAACUUUGGCAAAAUAUGAACCCAUGAAAUGUCUUGUUUUUAUCCUGCAUCGCACAUCGUUGACUAUAUAGGUGUAAGGUCGACGACGGCGACGACCUUUCUUCCCGGGUCGUCUUCAUAGGUACAAAAUAAAAAUAGGAUCUUUAGACUGAAAACGGACCUCGAGUCUUGGGGGACUUGAACAGCUGUUGUUCCGCCCUGAGAUCGCAGAAGUCUUGUCGCAACUUCCCGAAGAAUCGCUGCAUAACAUGACAUUCAUUUUUGCUCCUGUGGAGACUUAUUUGUACAUUAUACUUAGUUCUGAAGCAUUUUGAAAUGUGGACGCAUGAUGUAAAUGGACAGGAAACGUGAGAAAUUCGAUAAUCAUCAUUUGUGAACAAAAAAGGGAACAUUAUAUAUAUAAAAAAAUAAACUUGACUGAAGACUGAUUUCCAUUGUGGACGCUUUGAUAGAAUCAUAUUUGUAGAAGAGCAUCCGAUUACCGUGGGCGUCAGCACCCUAAAGCCCUCUUCCGGUGGUGCGGGCGUGGGGGACAUCCUCUGGGCCAGAGGAAUCUUCAUCAUCUGGGCGUAAGGACCUGAUCGAAGGGGCGCCAUGGGGGAGGCGAGAAGUGGGAGAGGAGGAGAGGUCCAUCUGCCAGGACUCAACUAUCUACAUCCCGUCCACGUCCUGUCCCAGCUAUCCCGCCCGAUCCCGCUGCCUAUGGGCGUCUCGCCUUUCGGCCUGGCCCACGCCUUCGCGCCCACGCUGCCGCCCACGCCACCGCUUCCUCAUGCUCUAAAAAUGAUGAGCGGGGGGAUGGGGGGCAUGUAUUCGUGGGGCUUCAAUCUCCAGGGCCCCAUGAUGUCCCCUCUUCGACCAGGCGGCCCCCUGGGGAGGAGUCUCGCCUCUCCCGAACGACAGCUCGACCUUAGGAAUGACGAUGGUAAAGACUGUGAAGAUGGAAGCCUGGAUGGGGACGCAGCGGCCAAGCGCCGUCGCUCAAGGACGAACUUCAACUCUUGGCAGCUGGAGGAGAUGGAGAGGGCGUUCGAGGCAUCCCACUACCCAGAUGUGUUCAUGAGGGAGGCGCUGGCGAUGAGGCUGGGCCUCACGGAAUCCAGAGUCGCUGUGUGGUUUCAGAACCGACGAGCGAAAUGGCGGAAGAAGGAGCACACCAGGAAAGGCCCAGGUCGUCCAGCCCACAAUGCCCAUCCUCAGACAUGCUCAGGGGAGCCUAUCCCCCCGGAGGAACUAGAACGAAAAGAACGUCUCCGCAGGGAGAAAAAAAUCAUCAAGCAGCUUGAACGCCAGCAGAGGAAACUGGCUCUCAAGGGCGUUCAUGUUACCAUCGACCAACUUCGUCGUGAGUAUGAAACUCAGCACCGGUCGGAGCCUGAGAUCGACGUCGUGGGAGGGUCGGAGCAAGAGCAACGGAUGCAGCCUCAAGAGGAUACUUUAGUGAAGAGACCUACUUUUUCUAUCGAAAGCAUACUGGCGCCAUCCCGCCCAGAGGACAGAGGGCCUCCUUCCCCAGGUACCCUGCUGAGAGGGGCACCCACUCCCCCUCCCACCCCGCAGGAUACACCUCACUCACUUCACCUUCAUUCCACCAAACACGAAGCCCAAGAUUCGGAUUUCAACAUAUCGGAAACGUCUACAGAACCUUUGAAUUACACAUCGGAGGAUCAGAGCGCGACUACCCAGUUAACCUCAGAGACCAUGUCUCCAGACCCGAUGGACUCCUUGGCCACUCUUGGGUCGCUGGUCUCUCUUACCUCUUCCACGUCGCUGACCUCGCGAGACAUUUCUGAUACUUCUACAGGUAUAAGAAGUCGCGUAGACAUUGCUGCUGCGGCCAGUACUUGCAAACCAGAGGAGUUAUCGGACGACAACAGUCCAGGAAGGGAGUGCUGAUUGCACAUGUCCAGGUUUAGGCCUAGUCACAAAGGAAAGCGUGAUAAGUUAUUUCCGUCGACUUCUGCACAAAACUCUUGAAAUCAGUGAGAGGCUCAGAUACGGUUGUCGACAGAUUUUAUCGUUCAGUCAAAUGUGCAACUUCAAAGAUGAAAUUAUAUAAACUGUGCCAUUGUGUAUACCACAAAAGUGUUUUGUUAUAUAUAUAUUAACCAGAGCUUCAUUUUUACGCAAAAUCAGUAAUCCAAGUAUUUUGCGUUAGGAGCCUUUCAAUUGCUAUUAAUCAAUGUGGCUAAAUUGAGCGAAAAUUCAUCAGUAAUUGGGGGUUUGCUAGGAAAUCCAUAACGGCCAAUUGUAAUUCUUUCACUGGGAACAUCACAAACUAAUUAUUUUUGUAAUUCAUCAUUCCUAUGAAAACAAACCUUUCAUUUGGGCGAAGGCGAACUGAAUUUCCAAGAGAUUUGGUUCGAAUAUUCUCAGUUGUCUCACUGAGAGAUUCCAAAUAUACGUCUGCAGACGACAAACACCCUUUCGCAUCCAUAGCUGUUAUGGAUGUUUUGCAGGUGAAAAAUAUGAUCGGGCGAUCGAUAACCCAAGAUUAAAAAAAUAAAAGUUCAAAUACAAGACUAGAAAAGAUGAACAGAUAACAGUUGUAUUUUGAUCUUGAUAUGAAUGCAUCUUUAAUAAACAUUUUGUUCUGUAAAUACUUGUGUCGUGGUCAGGUGUAAUCAAACCAAAAGUGAUCAUUUUCACUAUUUCUCAGCCGGUGAUAAAUAAACAUUUGUGUGUUUAAUGGUAUGUGAGAGUUGCACUUUCGGUAUAUCUUGGCACUCCAAGCACUAGAGUACUGUAACAUCCUACGGUGUGUUUUUAUUUUCUCUCAGAUAGUUCCGUAUUAUUUGAAAUGAAUGUAUCCAUCGUCAUGAUUGUUGUCAAUCGGCGCCAGUUCAGUGUCCGGAGUUGCGUAAUACAAUGUCACCUUUUUUUCUGAUUUUUAACCAAUCUGUUAAUUCAUAGACUUAAAGUGGUACAUCGUUCAAAAUACAAAUAUGUGCUUUCUGGAAGAAAUGAGUUCAUUCCUAUGAAAACAUUUCUUUUUUUGAGUAGAGAGAGAGAGAGAGAGGAGAGAGAGAGAGAGAGAGAGAGAGAGAGAGACUUUGCAAAUGGAAUACCAAAUACAAAAACGAAAUGUUACCAUAAGAUGGUAUGGAAAUAGAGUGUUUUGGUGCGAAGUAUCAGAUUGCUGUGACAUAGUAAGUAUCAGUCACUGUAUGAACUAUUUUAUAAUAUGCAUCUCGGCCAGGAAGUCGCCAUAAGCGACGGUAACUGAAAUUUAGUUAUAAUUUAUUUAAAACGGUAGCUGUGAAUUCUUGCUUAUUCUGAUGAAACAAUUUCCCCAAAGAGUAAGACUCUUCCAUCUCAUAAUAGUAUUAGACGAUUCUUGAAUAAAAAUUCAAUAUCUAAUAAGUCUGUUAUCAUAAAGGUUUCGAUAACAUCAGACAAAUUUUUGAACUACGGCAAAUACGUCAUUAGUGUUGAUGAAAACUGUACAUAUUCUUCAAUAUUUCAUGAACAAUAAUUAAUAGAACUUGAAAAGAACUGGGGACUUCCUUGGCAGAGAAGGAGUAUGUUAAUUGUAAUUAUCAUUGUUAUUGUUGUUGAAAAAAUGGAAAAUAAUUUGUAUUCAUUUUAAUUCUUUUUCUCUUGGCAAAUAAAAAAAAUCUUGAUUCUGGAAAAAUAUAUGCA